UUUCAUUCUUUUUGAAAUGUAUUCUAAUUCUUGCACUUUACCUCCACUUUCAGACAUUUUGGCUCAUUCUAUUGAAUCAAAACCAACCACCCGUUCUCCAGUAUUGGACAUUAACAACCUUUUAUCGAAUGAUCCUCCUACCAGAAUUGAAAAACAACAGCGCAAUGUUAAGGCCAAAAGAAAAAGAGCCUCACCCACUCAACUGCUGGUUCUAAACCGUAUAUUCAGCCAAACUUAUUUUCCUUCCACAGAAAUCCGUAUUGAACUAGGUAAACAAUUAGGCAUGAGCCCCCGCACUGUUCAAAUCUGGUUUCAAAAUAAGCGUCAAGCACUUCGCUCACGCGGUCGGCAUGUACCUGAACCAUCCCCAUAUUAUCUCCCCCCUAUUUCUCCACCCAGAUCACCUCAAUCUUCUUAUUUCCAACAAGAAUUCAAUGUAUCUUUGCCACCCUUGAAAUACUACGGCUCUGGUUCAUUUCCUAGCCCAAGUUCAGUUGAACAUCAUUUCUAAGUCCUUCUAGUUUAUUGAUUCAUUCCUUUUUUUUUUUUCUUGUAAUUAUAUGCCUAAAAUGAUUGAAUAUGCUUAAAUUAUUGAUUAUGACUUUUAUGCCAUUAAUUCAUUAAACUAUAUCCACAUAUGACAACGUUACUCCUCAUACGAAAAAUAAAAUUCUUGGUUUCUAUCACAUGUUUUGUUGACUUGUCAAGCAAGUCAAUCUCUCUCUCUCUCUCUCUCUUUCCCCCUUAUUCAAAAAGAUAAUGAAAACAACACUGACUAUAGUUCAAUUACUCCUG